AUGAGCCUGUCUAAUUCCACAGCUGUGACUCCCUUUCUCACCACGCUGUGGCAGGAGACAGCAGAAGAGGGCAGUAAUGUGUCUGGCCUGGCCCGCAGGUCCCCCCUCCGGAAUGACGGCCAGCUAGAGGCACUCUACAUCCUCAUGGUGCUGGGGUUCUUCGGUUUCUUCACCCUGGGCAUCAUGCUAAGUUAUAUCCGCUCCAAGAAACUGGAGCACUCACACGACCCGUACAAUGUGUACAUCGAGUCAGACGCCUGGCAGGAGAAAGACAGGGCGUUCUUCCAGUCCCGGGUUCUGGAGAGCUUCAGAGCUUGCUGUGUCAUCGAAAACCAGGUGGCUGCAGAACAACCCAACACACACCUGCCCGAGCUGAAGCCUUCCUCGUGA